AUGUCAAGCAGUACACUUCUUUUGCCGCUGGAUGGGGCCAUCAAGUUCUCCCCAUGGGAAGCCUUCGAUAAACUCUGGACGUCGGUCGCAGGAUAUCCUGCUGAAGACUUUGAGUUCAUUCCAGGAAAGACGCCAAUGGCUACGUUGAAAGGAACUCUUGUUACAAUAGCUCUUUACUACGUAAUCAUCUUCGGUGGCCAAGCAUGGAUGAAGAACCGUCCAGCAUAUAAACUGAAUGGUUUGUUCAUGGCACAUAACUUGAUGUUGACAGUCGUAAGCGGUUCGUUGCUUGUUCUGUUUGCGCAGCAGCUCAUUCCAAGUCUGUGGAAAAAUGGCUUGUUUGAUGGUAUCUGCGGUGGAACUGGAUGGACCAAGCCAUUGGUUACUCUCUACUACUUGAACUACAUCACCAAAUAUGUGGAGUUGCUUGAUACCGUUUUCUUGUUCCUCAAGAAGAAGCCUUUGACGUUUCUUCACUGCUAUCACCACCCCGCAACAGCUCUCUUGUGCUAUACUCAACUUGUUGGACACACUCCAGUAUCCUGGGUCCCAAUCACUUUGAAUCUUUCCGUUCACGUUGUGAUGUAUUGGUACUACUUCCAGAGUGCACGUGGAAUCCGCAUCACCUGGAAGGAAUGGAUCACCCGCAUGCAAAUCACCCAAUUUGUCAUUGAUCUUUUCGCAGUUUACUUUGCCACAUAUAAUUACUACGCUAGCGCCUACUACAAGCAUCUCCCCCACGUCGGAACAUGUGCUGGUGAGCCAUUUGCUGCUUUCGCUGGAUGUACCAUUUUGAGCUCCUACCUCUUUCUCUUUAUCUCUUUCUAUCUUGCUACAUACAAGAAGACUACAGUGAAGAGAACCGCCAUCAAGGCCCAGGACAUUAAGACUGUAGUAAAGUCAUAAAUACUGAAGUUUUGAACCACAAAGCCAUCGACUGAGGAGCUUUUCUUCUUGGGCUUUUGGGGAUCUUUUCAGAAGGCACGUUUCAGGAGGGGUUUAGGGGAAUAAAGUCGAGAAGCAGCUCUAAUGGGGAUUAGACGGUGAAGUUUGUAUUUGAUAAGUUUUAUUUUGUAGCAUAAUGUAUAUUCUCCCUG